UGCCAGUCUUGGAAAAGCCAAGAGGGGAGAGAGAGAGAGAGAGAACCCGACGAGGGUAUCCAGCACAGUCCUGCUUCUUCGGCCGUGUCCCUGGCCCGCCCCGUACCAACUCCGGUGGGCCCCGUCGUGGUCCCAGGAUCGGCUCCCGAUGAAUCUACAAAGGGGCGAGCAGCAGCAGCAGCAGCUCAGAGGCUCGGACGGGGAAGAGGGCGAGAUCGACAUCGUCGGAGAGGAAGACGAGGGAGGGCGAGUCCCGCCGCUGCCCGGCCAUCAGGGAGCGACGGAGAGCGGGGGCGUCAACUCCGGAGAGGGCGAGGGCGGCGGCGGUAGCAGGGUCCCGGCCUGCGGGCCGAGGGCUGGGGCCGAGGGGUCGUCCUCCAAGGCGAUGGGGGAAGGGUCGGCGCAGCAGGCGAAGCCGCCCUACUCCUACAUCGCGCUCAUCACCAUGGCCAUCCUGCAGAGCCCGCACAAGAGACUCACCCUGAGCGGCAUCUGCGCCUUCAUCAGCGGCCGUUUCCCUUACUACCGCCGCAAGUUCCCCGCCUGGCAGAACAGCAUCCGCCACAACCUGUCCCUCAACGACUGCUUCGUCAAGAUCCCCCGGGAACCGGGGCACCCGGGCAAGGGCAACUACUGGAGCCUGGACCCCGCCUCGCAGGACAUGUUCGACAACGGCAGCUUCCUCCGCCGCCGGAAGCGCUUCAAGCGCCACCCUCACACCCCCGGCCCCCACCCCCUUCCCCUGCAACCCCCACCGUCCUCCCCUCGCCCUCCCCACCCCGGGCUCCUACUCUACCCGCCGGGCCCGGGUCCCUCUCCCUGCGCUCUUCUGCAACCCAGCCCGCUGCGCUACCUGGUGCUUCCGACCCCUGCCUCUCCCGAGCUGCGGAGGCGAGGGGGAGGGAGCGGCCACGGGGAAGCCUUUCCCUCCGGCGCCCUCUUGCAAGUCCAGAUCCCUCUGGGGUUGCAGCCAGACGGGGGCAAGUUGGUAGCCCCGGCGGAUUCCGCUGCCCAUCGCGGGAGCGGGAGCAGCAGCGGCGACAGCAGCAGCAGCAGCAGCAGACGUAGCUCCUUCAGCAUCGAAAGUAUCAUGCGAGGGAAUAAGGCGGAAGGAGGAGGAGCUGGAGAGGCUGCCCAGGGCCUGACCCCGGCUCCGUGGAGUUACUGCCACCUGCUGCAACGCUCCUCCUGCCUAUUGCAUCCCCCCGCCGCCCCCUCUCUACUGCACGUGUCCGCAGCCGCCGCUGCCGCCCGGACUCUGCUGCAGCCGCCGCAGCCACAGGCCUCGGGAGGCAGCUGCUUCCCGGACAAGGGCGCCCUAGCCAGCCGACCCCUUUCAGCGGCCGCCGCGGCCCUGCUGGGAUGUCAAGCGGGAGCGGGCGCCAGGCUUCUGUCGCUGGCGGCCCCCGCUUGCAGAGGGACGCCUUCCCCGGCUUUCUGA